AUGCAGUCACUUGGACACGACAAUGCGCUCAUCACGCUGUGGGUCUCGUCGCCGGACACGCACUCGGAACGAAGGUUCGCGCUGGACCUGACCAUCGCAGAUUUGAAGGUGAGUCAACUCGAGCCCGAAGCACAGCACGCGUCGCGACGGGUUUCCGGCUGAAUGACACCUACAUCUGGCCCCCUUCCCGCCUCUGCCGCGUUGCAUGCAUCUCCCGGAACUCAUACUUGACUUUGGUGGCAAAUAGGACAAACUAGAAAGGGUCUCGGGUAUUUCAUCGUCCGUGCAGGUGCUCUCACUACAACGCACCGCAACGGGCACGGGCCAUUCGGGCCAAGUACCGCAGGGUCAGACCGUCGUGGCCCAGCUCAACGAGGACCACAAAACGCUCGCACAGUAUGGCGCGCAGGAAUGGAUGACAAUAAGGGUGUGCACAUUCAUCGUCGGCGCUAGCUCGCCCUUGCUCCCAGACUGAUCGCGCUUCUGCAACGACCUCCCACGAUCAGGUCGACAGCUCGGAUGCUCACGGCAAGAGCCAAUCGUCCCUCUUCACAGACACAUCUUUGGUUGAAAAGUUUGAGCUCACAAAUCAAGAGUACGAGGCAAGAUCAGGUGCGCCGUUCCCGCGAGGGCAUGCUCGUGGUCCGUCUACCUGAUCGGCUGGCUUUUUCUCGCGUUUCACCGAACAGACACCGUUCUCGCCUUCAAACAACGGCACCAACUUGGUCGAUUCGCACCGACCGUAGACUCCUCCCAUGAACUGGUGGCAUCGCAACGGACGCAGUUACCGGUCAAUCUGAUACCAGGUGCACGGUGUGAGGUCGCUCUGUCAGACGUGCUCAGUCGAAGAGGCACCGUUCGCUUCCUCGGGCCGACGCAGUUUGGUCCCCAGGACGAGACCGUAUGGGUCGGCAUUGAAUGGGACGAACCCGUUGGCAAGAAUGACGGAUCGUGAGUGGUCUAAGAAAGGCAAGAUCGAGCGCUUUGGUCGCUGAUACUAGACGUGCUGCAGGGUCGACGGAGUGAAAUAUUUCGAGGCUAAACCUCUGCGCGCAAGCUUUGUGAGGCCAGACAAGGUCACCGUUGGAAACUUCCCCGAAGUGGACCCCUUUGCAGAUGAUGACCUGGAAGGAGAAGAGAUGUGA